CUCUUGGCUGUGUAAAGGCUGCAGCGUCUCUCGGGGUAGUUUUCCUUCUCUCGUAGAAAACAUGAAAGUUGAUUUUGCUCCACUGGACGUGCCCCUCCAGAGGAGACUGCAGACGGCCACGGUGCUGCAGUGGGUCUACUCUUUUCUUGGCCUGGCACCCACCUGCAUCUUCCUGUUCUUCUACCUGCUCUUCACUCGCUACUGGCUGAUCAGUGUGCUGUACGCCACCUGGUGGUACUUUGAUUAUGACACCCCAACACGAGGAGGCCGCAGGGCGCCUUUUAUUUGUGGCCUCAAAGUUUGGGGAUACAUGCGGGAUUACUUCCCUGUCAAGCUGGUGAAGACAGCUGACUUGGAUCCCAGGCACAACUACGUCUUCGGCUUCCAUCCCCAUGGCGUGCUGGUGGCAGGAGCCUUCACUAACUUCUGCACCUACGCCACAGGAUUCAGGCAGCUGUUCCCUGGCAUCACCAGCUACAUGCUCAUGUUGCCCCUUUGGUUCAGAGCCCCGUUCUUCAGAGACUACAUCAUGUGUGCAGGUUUGAUUCCAUCUGACAAAGAGAGCGCCAGCUAUCCGCUCUCCAGAAAGGGAACCGGUAACGCCGUUGUGAUAGCAGUGGGUGGAGCCCCAGAGGCCCUCGAUGCUCACCCUGGGACCUACAAUGUGAUGCUGGCCAAGAGAAAAGGCUUCAUCAAGAUGGCCAUGGAGCAUGGAGCCCAUCUGGUGCCGGUCUUUUCCUUUGGGGAGAAUGAAGUGUUCGAUCAGGUGGACAACACGAGAGGAACGUGGCUGCGGUGGACACAGGAACAAUUACAAAGCAUCAUGGGGAUCUCCCUGCCUCUCUUUCAUGCACGUGGCAUUUUCCAGUACUCCUUUGGUCUCAUGCCCUACAGAAAACCCAUCAAUACAAUAGUUCAACGAUUAUUACGCUGGAAGUUAUCUACGUCACGACAUGGCGAUUCUAUCCUGAAUACCGGGACCAGGACAAAUCGAUUCAACAUAGCUGGCCUUCACAAACAACACAUGAAGCUCAAACAAGGAGCAACUUGUAAGUAAACUAAAAAAACUUCCUUUGCAUGUUGUAAUGUUUUGAGUAUCAAAUGCUGACAGAGCUUUUUUGUAGUCUCAAAUUUUUCAUUAGCAUACUUCAAAGGCCUUAGCAUCACUGUGCGCAUGUGUUACAUUAAUGUCAAAGCAGGGCUAUAAUGUUAAAGUUAGUUAAUUCUUUUCAAUCAACUCUUUGCUGCUGUUAAUGUUAACGCCUCGAUCUGGUAAAUGUAAACGAACCUGAAUGAACUAUCUGUAUGUUUGAUUCUUGAUUAAGUUAAAGCUAAUAUUCAUGAGGUUAGCCAGAUACUGGAUGUUGCAAUAGCUGAGGAAAUCUGGAAACCUGUAGGAAGCCUAUGAAUUUUUUUUCCUUGCAGGUUGAAAUGGAUACAAAAAUUAUAAAAAUGUUGAAUGUAGAGCCCACAAUCAACCCUAAAUGUUGGAUGACCUAGGAUUUGUGUUAUAUAUGUGAUAUAAACUAACUGUCUGUUUCCUUACAUUUAACCUGACUGUUGCUCCCUCUGUGCAUAUUCCAGGAUUCAUCACUGACGCUACUGUUGCAUUUGUCACAGCGGUCGCCGGCAGCACUACAAGUUCAGUUCACUUCCUCCCUGCAGGCACUGCUGCUGUGGUGGAGGACGGUCUUGUGACGAGCGACGUCAACAGGACGGCUGAUGCACUUGCAUUGUUGUCUGGCUUAAUGUAUGCGUGGCAUUAGGAUGAGCCCGUGGGAAAUUUAUCCCAUCCAUAAAUUACUGAUAUAGUGUGUUACUGAACACACGAUUGCUAAAAGCAUUUGAAUUAAAAACAUUUGUAUUUGAUAGAUUAUGUUUUUGUAACAUUUUAUUUAUCAACUUAAUUUGUAUGUUUUCAAGUAAUUAGCAGUCUGACGGACAAGCACUUUAAGAUGCUCUUGUUAACUUGUUCCUGUUUGAUAUGUUGACGUGUCCAUACCUGCACAGAGGUAUAUGAACAAAACCACCAAUAAACACAAAAAAUCA